UGGCAGGGCUUUUAUUACUUCAUCGGUCUACGCAACGGAUUACCCAGAGAUUACUUGAACAAAAUUUCUUCAUUAUUCCUUCUCUCUCUCUUCUCACAAAAUAGAAAGCCAACCGAGAGACUUUACAGCUUCUCAGAAGAAAUCCGCCGUCACCGUUCCUCGCCGCCUUUAGCGUCGACUUCUGAUGAAUUUCUUCAUCAAUUCCCUUCUACGGGAUAAUCCCCCGGCGUUGCUCCCACCCGCUGUUAGAGGUGAACCCUCGGCUAAUACUUCCCCUGUGCCCACCGCCGGCGUUUGUUUCAGUGGCGAGUUGGAGUUAGAUGAGCCCGUUGUUUCGGAUGAAUUUUUGUCCGCCGCCCCUGGAGAAAGUGGACAAUAACGGAAAAAUCAGGUCAGGUGCCGCUGGAGACGUUGAUAAUGUUGUCCAUCCAGUGGACAACUUGCAGAUGCCCAGUUUUGCUGACAACGCAGAUUCUGGGCAUGAUUUGCCUUCGGUGGACCAAAGACAAAACCCAAGUUCCGCUCAAGGUCUCUCUCCGGUGGACCAAAGCCAUAACGAAAGGUCCGAGCUAGACUCUAGGAAUGUCAUGCCCUCGGUGGACCAGCCUUCGGUGGACCAAAGACAAAACCCAAGUUCCGCUCAAGGUCUCUCUCCGGUGGACCAAAGCCAUAACGAAAGGUCCGAGCUAGACUCUAGGAAUGUCAUGCCCUCGGUGGACCAGCCUUCGGUGGACCAAAGACAAAACCCAAGUUCCGCUCAAGGUCUCUCUCCGGUGGACCAAAGCCAUAACGAAAGGUCCGAGCUAGACUCUAGGAAUGUCAUGCCCUCGGUGGACCAGGUUCCGGAGGAACCCAGUCAGGUUAUUGACGCCUCCUUACUCCCUCAUAGGUUAUUCGCUACUAACCGGUAUCCUGCAAGAGGCCGUAAUAAACUCAUACUCAAAGCCAGAGUAUCUGAUGGAUAUUGUCAAAGUUUUGGAUGGUACUGUGGAGUUUGAGUGGCUGAAAGCAUCUUCCUUUGGUCCUCUAUUUCAACUGCCGGUCCGCAAAAGCUCCCUCUCUGGUAAGCUUGUCCACCAGCUUCUCUGUCGUACGCUUGUAGCACGGAAGCUUCACGAGAUGUGAUUUGUGUUUGGCGGUCAUCCGGUGCGGUUCUCCCUCCGAGAGUUCGG